UUUGAACAAGUUAAACGGUUUCAGCGGGUCAGCGGGGAGGAUUCGGUCCGGGAGCUUUAGGUUGUAGACUUUACACAUAAUCUAUAAAGAAAAGUAGGAACUCCGUUAUUUUAGCACAUUUAUUUCCACCUCAGUAUGCGAUUGAUUUAGCUUUUAAAGCAAGCGGAGCGACGAGCAUCGGAUUUCCUUUUCAGAGACUCGGAAAUCAAAGGCCAUCAACAUGAACUCUGUACAAUCAUCUGUACAAUCCCUCAUGCAACUGUUUGAUGGCAAAGCACAAGAAUUUGCCAAUGAGAUUGAUAAUGUCCACAUGGUUUGGCUUGAGGAGAUCCAACAAGAGGCCAACCGCAUGUUUUCAAGAGAUUUUAAUGCUGAGCCAGAAUUAAUGCCAAAAACACCAUCACAGAAAAAGAAUAGUCGCAGAAAGCGUGUAUCCUUGGGGCAUCAGGAAGAAAAUCAAGCCAGGCGAAGAUUUUCAAAGGGAAAGCGUAGUAACCUUCGUGGCUCCUCUGUCAAAUCACUGAACUUCAUUGCUGAAGAAGAGACCGUUCCCGCCGCUUCCACCUCUGAACCCGACGCCACCACCCAACCUAGACGCACCACCCGCAAAAACAAACUAGCAUUGUUUGAGGCGGCGGAGGAUGUGACCCAUUCCUGGGGAAAUGGUCAAACUGAGGAGGUGCCGAACAAGAAGCCGCAGUUGGUAGAGGAGAAAGAGAUGAACAAUGCAGAAGAUGAGCCAGAUUAUAAAGGUAGCACUGCCCAUUCCCCACCGGCGAUGCCCUCACCCGAGAUUGUUGUCAGCAUCUCUUCGUCAGACCGAUCGUCUGCCGAGUUUGCGAAAAAACUGCUCCCCGAACCUGGCCGUACAGCUUCUAAGAUUGCAAUAGCUUCAGCUCAAAUCUCACGGCGGAGCUCCGUGCGAUGCUCCCUCAAGCUGCGUCAUUCGAUGGCCGGUCUGCGGCACAGUAUGACCCAGGAGUCUGUUCGCCGCGCCUCGCGCCGUUCAAUGCUGAAGAGGAAGGUGGCUCGCGUGGGCAACUCCACAUGUAGUAGCAAUGUUGAUGAGGACUCUUGCAUGGACUCUUCUGAGGAAGAGGAGGAUAGAGACGCCGUGUUCGAUGCGGUAAGUGCAGACACAGAGGAUAAUGCUGCAGCUGAAGAAUCGAAGGAAACGCCCGAGAUCCAGAUUACCCAGACCUCAUGCCCGUCUCUUGGACGCAUUACACGUUCUGUGGCUGCAAACGUCAUUGGCACUCCCAACAAGAGAAUCGUUGCUGAGAAGCAGCUGACUUCCCAGUCAGGUUCCAAGUCACGCCAGAGUACCAAACGCAAAUCACCCGAUACUGUAGAGGACAGUCCUACAAAGAGCCACUCUCCUCCCAAGAAAAGUCAAAGUGCAAUGAGACCCAACAUGAGAUCUUUUCUCCACACUGUGCAGAAGAAUCAAAUGCUAAUGAUGACUCCAAAUUCCCUCGGCCGGACUGCUGUUAUCAAGUCUUUCAUUAAGCACACCACUCCUCUGAAGCUUGACACAAAGUUGAGCGUUGGUCUCGUGACAAAAGAGCGUUACAAACUGGAAGCACUGAAGAAGAAGCAGGAGCAAGAGGAAGAAAGGAUGAAGAAAAUGGAGGAGGAGAAGAAAAGGAAACAAGACGAGCUCAAAAGGAAGAGGGAUGAGAGGCUGAGAAGAGUGUUUGAGGCCAAAGUAAAAGAAGAGCAGAGGGACAUGGAAAAGAAAAAGAAGAUUGAGCAAAAGAUGGCUCAGUUUGAUGAUAAGCGUCUGGCAGAAGACAAGGCCAAAAAGAAGGUGGCCAUUAAACGUCAAGAGGAGCAGGAGCAGAAAAGGAAGUUGGAAGAAGAGGCUAAAAAGAAGAAGAUUCAGCAAGCAGAGGAAGAGAAGCGGCAGCAGGAGUUACUGGCGAAGAAGGCCGAGGAGGAGGAACAGCGUGCUCGUAAACUGGCUGAAGCUCGCCGAGCACUGGAACUGAAGAGAGAGCAAGAGAAGGAGAGAGAGAAGGAGAGAGAGAAGGAGAGAGAGCUGGAGAGAGAGCGAGUAGCUGCUGCUGAAAGGGAGCGAGUGGAGAAAGAAAAAGCUAUUGCUCUGCAACAAGAACUGGAGAGAGCCGUGAGGGAGAAAGAGAGACGAGAAUUGGAGGAGAAAAGAAAAGCACUUGAGAAAAGACUGGAGGAGCAGCAGAGAUCAGCUGCAGAAGAGAAAGCAGCCAAAGAGCGAGAAGCUGCUGCCAUAAAGGCUGCUGGUGCGAAGGUUGCUGCUUGUCUGAAUGUGACUACGGAUAUCGAGCGCUCUGUAAUGAGCACGCCAGUAGGAAAAGGGGGUGGCCUCAAUGUGACUGUGGAUAUUAUGAAUUCGCCACAGUCAUACUCCAUCACUCCAAAGGGCGGGAACAAACCGUUGCACAAAAGUGGGGAGGAUUACGGGAUGGACCAGAACAGUGACGACUCCACUGAUGAUGAGUCUGCCCCAAGGAAACCUAUUCCAUCUUGGGCAGAAGGUCACAAUCUGCAGCAGAUAAUUAUAAAGCAGUACUUCAACCCUCCUGAUUUAGAAUCUUUCUUCGGAGCAAUUGAACCACCGAAACUGGAAAAUAUCUUUUACAAGAGCAAGCCUCGCUAUUUUAAACGCACCAGCUCUGCUGUGUGGCACUCUCCUCCAAUCGGAAGCAAGUAAUGUCUGUACACUGAUACACAUAGCUGUAUAAAGUGUAAUCUUUGUUUUAAGGUUUCCAAUAAAGUAACAUGCUUUUCUGGGUAUUUUUACAUGUUUAAGGUUUUAGCUAUCAACGUUUUAGGAAAUCUUCUUACUAGUAUGUAAAAUAUGUCAUGGAUUUGAGUGAUACAAAAGUGAAAUUGAUGCUUGGUCUUGGACUUGAAAAUGGGUGUGUAUAAUAACCCAGUGGGAUGUAAACGUUUGACAGUGAUCAGCAAAAACUUUCAUUUGUAUAUGUGUGACUACCGUCUGUAAAUUAUAGUAGUAUUCUUAUGUUUGGGAUUUAUUCUGGUGCAUUAAAAUGGUUGAAAAAAAAUAAUAAUCUUGUGCAUGUUUCAGCUUUUCAUUGGAUUUGAUAAUAUGUGACACCUCAGAAAAAUAUACGAUUUUAACGCUUUAAAGGCCGCUAAUUAUUACAAGUUUAUUUUGUACUUUAUUAAUUAAUAAUCAAGGAUGCUUUUUAAUAUGCCUGUAUUAAUAAAUAUGUUUGUGAUAGUA